AUGGCGACGCCGAGGCCCUGCGCUGAUGGGCCCUGCUGCUCGCAUCCCGGCGCGGUGCUCGGCGUACAGCAGACGCUGGAGGAGAUGGACUUCGAGAGGGGUGAGGCUGCCGCGCGGCCUUGGUGGCUCUCGCCAGGCCCCGGCCCAAGGAGGAGGCGCGGGGCCAAGGAGAGGCGGGUGAACUGGGCCCCGAGAGCUUGGGGCCUGGUGCAGGAGGGCGGGCGGGACUCGUGGUUCCCGCGUACUGAGAGCCUGCCAGGGGCCCGCACUAGCUCAGCCAGGAGGCAUCUGUGUCGCGGGCGGCGGGGAAGCCGAGACACUGGUUUCCAUAACCCUCCCGAGUGGCGGGGGACGACCUCACCUGGGAGACGCAAGCCUGCUCAGGUGUCGGAGAGAGGGGCCGGGGAGCAGAAUCUGCACCUGGGGCAUUGCACCCCUCCUGAGGGGCUGCAGGCCUGGGGGCUGCGCGGUGAAGGAGGGCACUGGCCCUUGUUUGGCCCCGGGUGCCAGGCAGCCUGCAUGCUUUGGAGAUGGCAAGAACUUCGCACGGGCAGCCUUCGAGGCAGGGCACGGUAUCUCAUCUGUGGGACCCAGAGAGGGCUCCUCCAAUUUUCCCAACUCGGUACUCAUAUCCUGUUCCUACAGGUAAGUGGAGAAGGAGUUGAAGGGAAGGUGUUGGGAUUUGGACGUGGACUUCCUGACCCUGGAGCCUGGCCUACUGACUGGAGGGGCCCCCAAGAGGCUGUGGCCCGGGAGAAGCUGAAACUGGAAGAAGAGAAGAAGAAGAAACUUGAAAGAUUUAACAGUUCCAGAGUUCAUCUGGAUAACCUGGCUGACUUGGAAAACUUGGUUCAAAGACGGAAAAAGCGACUGAGACAGAGAGUCCCCCCCAGGAAACCCGAGCCCCUGGUUAAGCCGCAGCCCCAGGCCCAGGUGGAGCCUGUGGACCUGGAGAUGUUCCUGAAGGCAGCUGCUGAGAACCAGGAGUCCCUGAUUGACAAGUACCUGACAGACGGAGGGGACCCCAGUGCCCAUGACAAGCUCCACCGCACCGCCUUGCACUGGGCCUGUCUGAAGGGUCACAGCCAGCUGGUGAACAAGCUGCUGGCGGCAGGUGCCACCGUGGAUGCACAGGACUUGCUGGACAGGACACCUGUGUUUUGGGCCUGCCGCGGAGGACAUCUGGACAGCCUCAAACAGUUGCUUAACCAGGGAGCCCGGGUCAACGCCCGGGACAAGAUUGGGAGCACCCCCCUGCAUGUGGCCGUGCGCACCCGGCACCCAGACUGCCUGGAGCACCUCAUCGAGUGUGGCGCCCACCUGAACGCACAGGAUAAGGAAGGGGACACGGCUCUGCACGAGGCCGUGCGGCACGGCAGCUACAAAGCCAUGAAGCUGCUGCUGCUCUACGGCGCCGAGCUGGGGGUGCGGAACGCGGCCUCCGUGACCCCGGUGCAGCUGGCUCGAGACUGGCAGCGCGGCAUCCGGGAGGCCCUGCAGGCCCACGUGGCGCAUCCCCGCACCCGGUGCUGACCGCGGCCCCCGGCCUUGUGCACUGCCACCAUUCCCUCCCGUGCCCCGCCCCCGCGUCUGCGCCUCCGUGGUUCCUGCCCUCAGCCCAGGUUCCUGCCUCUCGGGGCUGUGCCUCCUCAGCAGCCCUUGCAGAACUGAGGAGUGGCACCCGGCCCAGCAGGCAAAGAGAGGGGCCUCCCUGACUUCGACUGUCAAGGGAGCCGCGUUCCCUCCCAGGGCUGGAGCAGAGGACCACGGGGGAGCUUUCGGAAAGCGCAGGUCCAGACGAGGGCCAGGAAGGGGAGGAGAGUGAGGGCCAAGAAGGGAGCCCGAAGGGAGCAGUCCCAGGCUGCAGCCACCCAGGGCUGGGUCUGGGAAUCCUCAGUGUCCACUUGUCCCAGGUUAGGGGCUUGCCUUGCUCUCCCCAGGGCCAGUCUCUGCAGGUGGGGACUCAGCCUGGGGCCGGCAGAUGCCAUCCAGGAUGUACAAGGGGCAGCCAAGGCAGGCCGUGCAGGGGCCGGGCCUGUCUGCAGCUGGUGGAUGCCCAUGGGCAAGGCUUUCUCCGGGGAUCCCAUUCCUGUCAGUAGCAACCCUGGCAGUGUCUGGGGCAGCUCUAGACACCUUUGGUCGUAGGGACUCUGGAGGUGGGUUCUGGCCGUCUGAGGUCUCAACAGGUUUGAGGCCCCACAGCAACGGAAGUCCAGGACCCACUAGGUUGCCUCAGAAGUCCUAAGACUGAUGAGCUGGAGCACGUAUUUGAGAAGCCUUGCACCCACUGUGCACUGGCCCUGCUCAGGCCGGCCUGGCACAGUCGCCUGCUGGCGGCUCUCAUGGGGAAGUGCCCGGGCACUGGGGAUUGCUUGUGGCCCACUCAACUCUUGGGGCGGUGGCCCGUAACCCGUUUGCCUGAGGCUCUUAUGUCCCUGGUACUGGAGCUUGAGCUCUUGCCUGGAACCCUGCAGCUGCACCCACCCUGCUUGAUCUUACCUGAGAGGCCAGGACACUGAGGGGCUCUGAACCCAGCCCACAGGGAAGCAGGGGAAGGUGAGGCCCUCCCCCCGCCGGCCCUUCCCUGCUCUCUGGUGGUCUAAGGACCCAAGCUCCCUAGACUUCUUCCUUUUCCACUGUCUGUACGUUUCAAAUUACACGGGUGUAGACCUGUACUGCUGGCGGGGCUGGGCCCCUGAAUGCCAGAAAGUGAACCUUAACAAGCUCUGCCCUAAACUGAGAACCGUAUGCUGAGGGAAGGGCUGAAAGGUGAAGGCUCAGGCUCCCUCACAUGGGUCCCGGGUUACAUUAGGUACCAGGCUGAUAGGCAUUUGGCCAUGCUGAUUUUUAGUCUGCCUUAGGUGGCCUUCUCAGGCCCAGAACAAGGCUGUUGUUACUAAGUGGAAAAGCUGACCAGUGCUCCACACUUGGGGCACACACCUUUCCAUGAGCAGCUCCUGCCCUGUGGCGACAGAGCCAGCGGGCACCAGACACUGGUGCCAUGGCGAAGCAGGUGUUCAAGACCAUGGAGAAGACAAAUCCUCAUCUAGAAAUGAGGACACCUCAGUGACAAACACACCUUUUUAUACCGACCAGUAUCUUCUGUUCAUUAAAACGGGCUCUCCAUUACA